GAGUUUUCCGUAAAUACGUCUCGUGCGGGUGUCGGUGUCCUGAAAGAUUGUGAUUAGCGAUUGGCUUAAGUGUCACAUAUUGGUAUUUCCGGAUCAGCGACUGAGGAGGUUGUAUAUUUAAGUUCUGCGGUUACAUUCGGUUAUAAUGGGUUAGAGUGGGGUAAGACAGAAGUUGUCUGUUACGGUGUCCUCUACAUGGCGAGCGAAUGACCUACUUUGCAAAGAAACUAUAAGGCCUUCACCCUGUGUACUCAGUUGUUUCAUCAACUGAAGAUGGGAGCAAAUGCUUCCCAGUUGGAGAAGGAGAUAGGAUCUGACCAGUUUCCCAUCAAUGAGCACUACUUUGGCCUGGUGAAUUUUGGCAACACAUGCUACAGCAACUCAGUCCUGCAGGCCUUGUACUUCUGCCGGCCCUUCCGAGAGAAGGUGCUCGAGUACAAAGCCAGGAACAAACGUACCAAGGAGACGCUGCUCACAUGUCUAGCUGACCUGUUCUACAACAUUGCAACACAGAAGAAAAAGGUUGGGACAAUAGCACCAAAGAAGUUCAUUGCCCGUCUGCGAAAAGAGAAAGAGGAGUUUGAUAACUACAUGCAGCAAGAUGCUCACGAGUUCCUCAACUUCCUCAUCAACAACAUCAACGAAAUUAUCCUUGCGGAGCGUGCCACACCGGUGACGAACGGCAAGGGUCGACCGAGUGACUCGGAGGGCAGCUCCUCGCUGCAGCAGGAGCCCACCUGGGUGCACGAAAUAUUCCAAGGCAUACUCACCUCGGAGACGCGCUGUCUCAACUGCGAAACGAUCAGCAGCAAGGACGAGGACUUCUUCGACCUGCAGGUGGACGUCGACCAGAACACCAGCAUCAGCCACUGUCUGUUGCGCUUCAGCGAGUCGGAGACGCUCUGUGGAGACAACAAGUUCAAGUGUGACGUCUGCUGCUCAUACCAGGAGGCGCAGAAACGAAUGCGCGUGAAGAAGUCGCCGACCAUUCUGGCCCUGCACUUGAAGCGGUUUAAGUACAUGGAGCAGUACAACCGACACAUCAAAGUAUCACAUCGUGUCGUCUUUCCCCUGGAGCUGCGGUUAUUCAACGUGUCUGAUGACGUGGUGACGCCAGACCGCCUGUAUGACCUGGUGGCGGUGGUGGUUCACUGCGGUUCGGGACCCAACCGGGGCCACUACAUCUCCAUAGUGAAGUCGCACGGCUUCUGGCUACUCUUCGAUGACGACGUGGUGGACAAAAUCGACCCGUCGACGAUCGAAGACUUCUUCGGCCUGACGUCAGACAUUCAGAAGUCGUCCGAGACGGGCUACAUCCUGUUCUACCAGUCGAGGGACGCCGCUUGAGGCGCCGGCGCGCUCCGCCGCCUCUCUUGCUCAUGUUUUCUACCGGCGACGGCGGUCGGCCGGAUGGCUGGGCGGCGUCGUCCGACCUGGCCCGGGAGUUGUUUUCAGACGUUGAUCAUGCCAUAUGUUUAUUUUGAAAUUUAGCUUUGUUUAAGAGGCGAAGUGUGCCACCGUGGCUGGUGGUGCUCGGCCCGCGGCGCCGCUGGUCGUGAGGUGCCGUCGCUGUUGACGCCGUCGCUGGGCCCGGCUGGGAUCGCCGGUGCCGACGGUGCCCGGAUCGCACUCGGCGGCGGCCGCGGGCUGCGCCCAGCACGCAGAAGUGUGGGCAAGUCUCAGGAAUCGUGUUACGCUGGCCGCAGGAGAGCUGGGGCGUCUUAACCUCCGGGAGCGGGCGACGGCGAGUCACGCAUGUCUGCGAUCUUGGCAUGACUGGAGCAAAGUUGACCUCGGUGUUCAGCGCCCUCGGGUGGCCGAUACUUCGAUUGUCAGGCGGUCUCUGCUGAACUUGACUCCCCGGGUCGGAUGGUCUCGAGCUACCCUGCCCUCUCUGAUCAUGGCUGGUCUUGUUCAACUGAGGGCGUGUCGCGCUCUGUGCCCGACGCAGGGUGCAGCGCUCGCUCGUCCUGCACCGCGCCGCGCUGUGGGUGUGGGUGUGGGUGUGUGACGUCACCGCCGACAGGGCGGCCGGCGGGAGUGUGCCGGUCAUGCGUGGCGUCUGCGACCUCUGCCUGCACAGUGCGACACGAUGCGACGGAGCGUUGGAGGUCUAUCUCGAGGCUGUUUGAGGGUUGGUUUGUUUUGUAUUAACGCGGUGAUUGGUGGCCAUCUGUUCGACGGAACUAAUUCUCCAGCGGCUCGACGGUGGUCCCUUGCCGCUCUGCGUGCGGUAGAAAUGUAUAUAUCUAGAUGCCGGAAGGAGGUUGUUACAUCGAUGUGGCGUGGGGUGAGGCGUGGUAUACAUCGACGCAGCGUGUUCGCACCGCAUGCGCUUGUUCGUCAUGCGUGAGGCAGGCCGCUGUUUGGCGCUGGCCGUGCGUCGCUGCGGCCCGUCAUAAAUCAGUCCUGCGGUCGGCACUCGCUGGCAGACCGCUCCGGCGUCUAGACUUAACCGUUCGAUGACUGAUAGGAUGACUGUGCAGCGGUGUGCCGGCCGGCCGUGCUGGAAGCCCUUGUGCGGGACGGCCGUGUCGCUGACCACUGGCAGGUCACAUUUGCACCAGGAUGUGUUCCUGGCGUGGGCCGUCGUUCUUGGACGCCGCCCUCGCUGAUUGGUUCUCUGUUUAGGGCCACUGUCGUCGGGUUGUCUCCUUGAAUCUCCUCCCUCGGCGAUCCUUGCUCUCCCUGAGGCGUGCCGGCGUAGGUACCCACCGGGGGAAGGGGGGGGGGGGAGAGGCGCCGCCGCGCCGCCGGCUGGACGGUUGUUAUUGUUGACGUGUGGUGUACGGGGGCGGUGCCGGCCGCGGGCGGCGCGCCCUCUGGCGGCCCGACGGGGUGCCGAGCCGCGCUCGGCGCCGACUUGGGCACCUAGUCUUUCCCGCUGUCAGACCCACCCCUGUCGAAAUCCGAGUGCAAAGCUGCGGACGGGUCGGCGCGGAGACGCGCGCGGCACGGCAGGCCCAUAUUUAUUAUGCCAACUGCGCGAGACAGAGCGUGCUGCCACCGUCCCGGCUCGACUCCGACUCGGGACGCACGAACACAGCGUGUCUGCAGCCGCCACUGCUACCGUGGCGCGACGGCUAAGCCAGUCAGCUGCUAGCAAUAUAGAUUUGGCGCACUG